GGUGCUUUAUGAAACAUGGAGAAUAGUGGCAGAAAUGAAAAAGGCGUCUGCAAAAACUGAAGCUGUCACAGAUAAUAUAAAUAAAUAAAUAUUCAGUGAAUUUAAAUGCAAAAUACGUUUAUCAAUUAUAUCUUUUUGAUAUCAGAUGGGUUUUGUGAUGAUGCAUCAAUUAAAAGAAGUGUGAAUAGUGCCCUAGCUGUGAUUUUAAAAUAUAUGACCUCUUUAGAUUAAAAGUAUGGCUGAGUUAAACGAAUCGAAAGUGUUCCUGAACGAUCCGGCUUUCAUUAACCCAUUGCCAAUAGAAUCUCAGGAAACUCAAAACGUCCUAGGAGAGAAGGAUGCAUAUGCAGAGAGUGAUCCAAUAACGCUAUCAGAAAAUGACGCAUUGAAUCCAGAAAAUGAACCAGAAGCCCUUACUCCUGCCCAAGAGAUGAUGAUAGAUCAGCUUUUGUCAGAAUCUAAUCUUGAAAAUGAAAAUCCGAAAGAUAUUUCUAAAGAGGAUGUAUUUAGUGCUCCUUCUGAAGAGCAUCAUGUUGAAACUGUUGAAAGCCCCACAACUAGGGACAGUUUUACAUUUAAAUGUAUAUUUUGUGACAGAGUGCUUAGUGCUGUAGACAAUCCAAAGUUACUGGAGUGCCUGCAUAAUUCCUGUUCUAGUUGUAUAGAUAGUAAAUUGUAUGAACAUUCAAAUGAUGGCAUGCCAGCCCAAAUAGAAUGCCCACCAUGCGGCAUUAUAUGUAAUCCAGACAACAUAAUCGAAAAUCAGUUUUUGCUGGAAUUGGCAAGUAAUAAUGAAGAUCCUAACAAAAAUGCUGAUAUGAAAUGUAGUAAUUGUAGCGACGAUGCUGUUGCAACAAGUUACUGUACCGACUGCUCAGAAUUUAUUUGUGAUAAUUGUGUACAAGCGCAUCAAAGACUAAAAAUAACAAAAGAUCAUACCAUAAAACCGAAAGAAGAUGGUUUGGUUGAGUUGCAUUCUGUUUCAAAUGGUGGACCGGCUAAUUUGUUCUGCAUGAUUCAUCCCCACGAAAAGUUGUCAUUGUUUUGUGAGACUUGUGACAAAUUGACUUGUCGAGAUUGUCAGUUGAUUGAACACAGAGAACACAAGUACAAAUUUACUAAUGAAAUUGCGUCUGAAGCUAAAAAGUUUAUCGCUGAAAUGUUGAAAGAUGUAGGAUACAAAAGAGCUUUACUCACUAGUGCAAUGAAAGUAAUAGAUGAUCGUCAAAAUUUGAUAACUGACAAAAAAGGAGCACUUGUUAACGAAAUCACCCAAUUAGUUGUCAAAUUAACAAAUACAAUUAAUGUCCGAGGUAAACAAUUGAUAGCAAAACUAUCAGAAGUAUGCGAGUCAAAGCAAAAAACACUGCAAGAAAAGAAAGUUGCUCUAGAACAAUUAUCCAAAAUGACAGAUCAUUGCAUAGAAUUCACACAACAUGCUUUAACAAAUGGUAGUGACAUGGCAUUAUUAUUUAGUAAAAAAUUGAUGACCGAACAUCUUAAAAGGAUAAAAUGUAAAAGAGCCGAUAUACCAAAUCCUGAAAUACCUGUUAGGAUACAUUUAGCAUUGGAUAAGGUGCCAGACUUGAUUAAAGUAAUGUCAACGAUUGGCCAAAUUGUGGUCGAUGGUCGUGUCUACCCGUCACAGUCAUCAUCUCCAGCAUCUUCUAUACCACCUCAAAGUUCAACAAGUCCUGGACAAGUUCGACCGCCUCAACAACCGUCGCCUAUAAGUCCUCUUCAUCAGUUACCGUCACCAUCGGGCUUUCAAAACACCACUAGGAUGCCCGGUCCUCCACCUUAUUCACAAUAUCAGAGUACUUCACCCUACUCAUCGGGAAUGAAUGUACAAAGUAUGGGACAAAAUCUCGCUCAAGGUAUGGGUCAGAAUAUGGCACAAGGAAUGGGACCAAAUAUGCAAUCAAUGGGACAAGCUAUGGCUCAAAAUCGUUUGCAAAUGGGGCCGCCAGGAAUGAACAACAUACCCCAACCAUUGGCUAAUACCCUCACGCAAUUAAGUAUGAGUCGAAUGCAAAGACCUCAAGCUCUACAGAGAGCUCUUAUGCCUAGAAUGCCAUUGGGGCUCAAUCAACAGCAACAACAGGUUUCAUCGUCAACUCAUCCUCAAGGAAUGCUGGCCGAUCGUAGUAAUUUACGACAUCUUCUUCAGCCUAGUAACGCAAGUAAUACAAAUAACGGAUUCAAUCAUGUUUAUAUACAAACUGGUCCUGGACAAUAUCAGGCUAUACAACCACACAUGGCACAGCAAUUUCAAAAUAGAUUUCCCGGUCAACAACAAAUUAGGUUUUCUCAACAAAAUAAUCAGGUGAGGAUGUUAUUACCAACUCAGCAAAAUCGUAUGCCAGUACAACAACAACAGCAAACACAACAACAAUCGCAACAUCAGCAGCUUCAGACACAACAGCAACAACAGCAGCAGCAGCAACAACGAUUGCCUCAAUACCCAAGUGGAGGAGGUGUUAAAUGGCAUACUCCACAACAAAGUACCACAGAAAACACAAACGGUAACACAAAUCGCAAUAUGACUUUACCAUCAAUAAAUGACAAUUUUAAAAUAACUUUGAGACAACAGACCCCAAACGAUCCAAAUAAGAAUCUACCGGGCACAGUAACGUCGACUAUUCCCAAAACGCCAAGUCCUAAUCACGUCCAAGGAAAAUCCGAUACUGAGAGAAACCUGGAUAAAUUUUGCGAAGAUUCAGUUAAAGAUUUGAUGGCAACAAUUGCCAAGUUAGAUUCGAAUGGCGUGCAAGUCCUUGCCGAAGGAAGGCAAAAGGGCGGAUCGCCGCACGUUGAUAGCUCCACUGGAGAUUCUGGUGUUGGUAGUGUUGGAACUAAAAUAAAAUCAGAAUUAUCUGAAACAAGUAAAGAUGAUCCGAAUGAAGACUGGUGCGCCGUUUGCAUGGAUGGUGGUGAAUUAGUGUGCUGUGACAAAUGUCCUAAAGUAUUUCAUCAGUACUGUCAUAUUCCUAACUUAAGUGUCGAAGAAAAUGAUACUUGGCAAUGCCUAUUAUGUAUGAACUUUGCUGAUAUCCCAGAAAGUAUCUUGUCAGAAAAGAAAGAAGGUGAACUUAGUCUAAAGGAAAAGAAAAUUGCUGAGAGAUUGGUUUUAGAAUUAUACUGUCAGUAUGACCCAAGUUUGCCAUUUAGAGAAGUAAUCGGAGCAGAUAAUGAAGACUAUCAUUCAAUCAUCAAACGACCUAUAGCUUUGGACUCGAUUAGACAAAAAUUAAAUUGGAAUGCAGAUAUACAUUAUCGAAAUAUGGAAGAGUUAGUAAGAGAUGUUCGGUUGAUGUUUAAAAAUGCUUACUUGUAUAAUCCAGUGGAUUCGCAAGUCUACAUGGAUGCAAAAACAUUGGAAAAAUUCUUUGACGAACAACUAGAAAAGUUUCUUCCCGAAUAUGCUUACGAGAUGUUCGAAGAUGAAGAUAGUCAACCACCGACCAAAAAGUUUAGAAGGAUAGUAACAGACUGACAAAUUGUUCAUGGGGCGAAUAAUACCGUGUAUUUCUCCCUAUAACAAAAAAGGAUAACCAAUUCUCCUCAACAAAGCAAAUACAUAAAGUAUGGCCAAUUGGUUAGAAGGGAGUGUGUAUUUUCUGGCUUUCUAUUUUGUUUAUUUGUCUUGUUGUUUUUUUUUGUAUACAAUUAGUUUAUAAGAAUUAAGCAAAUAUGACUUUGUUUUUUAUAAAAAAAUCUUAGGUUUAUUUAUUGUAUUAUUUUAUUAGUAUGUUGUUAUGUCAUGUUUUAAUGAUGUUAUUUAAUGUUAGCUCCGAAAUUCUAGAGUAACGAAAAUAUAUAUCCCAUAUACCUUAUCAUGUAAUUUAUAUAAUAUGCAGUAGUUGACAUUCAAUAGUGCAUAUCUUCGUAAAAAUACACUUCAAAUAAAAAAGC